AUCUUUUUGCGUUAAUUUUUUUAAAUAUUGAAAAAAGUACAGAAAAUGAACAGAAAAAGAAUAAAACACUGGGGAGAGAUGGAAAAGCAUCCAGAUCCCGAACCAAAGGUCGUCAAAAUCACAACUUCCAAAAUCGCUCAAUUGCAAGAAGUAAUGGAGAAGGAAACGAACAACGAACCGGAACCCCGAGUAUACAAAAAACUUCUCAUCAAAAAUGCUCUCGUAUCUCAAGCGGUCGAAGUGAAUCAACAGACGGAAAUGAUCAGUUCCUUGCUCGAUACCUAUUCCAACAACUCCAACAACAAAUUCAACUUUCAACUAAUGCCCAACAUCGAUUUUCCUCCCUCGAAUUCCGCGUUAAUCGACAAAGAUCGUGUUUUCCAGAAGCCAAUUUGGUUCAUUUGUCCCACCGAGAAUGACUUUACGAAGGGAAAUCCCAAGGAUUGCGGCACACGAAUCACAAAAGCUGCCGUUGUGCCGGCUCUGAAGAAGUCCGUCUGUGGUUUAUUGAAAAUGGCAGGAUUCGCAGAGGCCAAUUCAUCCGCUUUGGUGACUUUUGUCGAUGCAGUUGACCAAUUCUACAAAUAUUUUAUGGAACAAAUACGGGUGGCGGUGAAUGAGGAACAAAAAGGCGGCGAUACAAAUGUGGAAAUUAGUAUUUUGGCACUGGAAAAGGCUUAUUUCACCAUGACAGCGAAAAGUUUGACGCAGCUUCAUAAUCACUUCAAAAAUGAUAUUUACGUGAGGAAUCGGCAGGAAAUCGCGCAGUACAAGGAGUCGAUGAACGAGUACAACAAAUUACUUCAGGAGAAUAAUUUGAAAGAUUACAUGAGUUUCUUGGAUCCAACGGGAUCGGGACAAGGAGACAGAGAUUUGGCCAUGAAUUUCUUGGAUAACGAAAGUGGAGACCAAGGAUUGAAGGACAUCUUAGAUGGUUAAACAGUAUUUUAUACGAGUUCCAAUAAAAAAAAAGAAAUUAUAAAAAAAAACUUUUGUUUUUUAAUGAUGGAAAAGUCUCAAAUUCGUAUGAGCCAUUACAAUUCCAUGUUCAUUGCAGGCUUCGAUGACGCCAGCAUCAU